UGAAACCUUUACUCUCUGUGUGCUUCCUAUGCUGGACUGUUGUCGCCAAUCCACAGAUGAGGAGGGAUUUGCGCGGAUGAGUCUUCAUCUUAUUCCCCUAACGGAUGGACAGCUGAGGAGAACAGAGCGUUUGAAAGAGUUCAAGCAGUUUAUGACAAACUGUUGGUGCAACAUUGCAAGGGCUGUUGGUGGAAAAACUCCAGAGGAAGUUAAGAGGCAAUAUGAUGUCCUUGUGGAGGACAUCAGGCGUAUUGAAUCAGGCCAAGUUCCCUUUCCAACAACCUAUAGGAACCUCCAAGAUGGAGCAUGGCAUCACAUCACAUCAUCAUCAUCAUCAUAUCUCUCUUAA